AUGGGAACACUUGUUAUUGGCAGUAACCAAUCGUCACUAUCUAUGACUAGUAUGAAUGACGAUGAAUUAAUCAUGAUGACAACUUUAUCAUAUUUGAUUGUCAGUUUUAUAAUUCAUAUUAUAUUUUUUUUAACAACAAUCUUUAACAAUAAAUGGCAAAUAGUAAAUAUAUCACGACAUUUAUUUCAUCGAUAUUUUAAACAAACACCGACGGAAAAAUUAAAUACAGCAGAUAUACCAUCAUCGAAUAUUGAACAAUCAUGUUUAAAUGUUACAGAAGUCGAACCAGUAAAAUCAUUUGUAGCUAAUAGAAUUCCAUCGAUACCAUCAUCGUAUUCAUCAUUACCAUCAGCCAUUCUUUUUGAAUGUGAAACAAUAUUAAAUCGAACAGUUCGUUCAUUCGGUCUUCUUCUAUGUACAUGUUUAUUUCUAACUAAUUGGUUACGUUUUGGUAUAUAUUUAUAUCCAAAACUUUAUCCAAAUACAAUAAAAUAUUCGCUAAAUUUAUGCACUAUACAAAGUUUUUCGCUUCACGUUUUAACAUUAUUUCACAUAAAUUUAACGAUCAGUAUACGUCUUCUAUGGCAUUAUUGUUUUAUAUUUAGUAAAUAUUGGCAAAAAAUAACCUAUUGUCGUAUAUUAAUUCUUUUUCUAUGUAUCUUUAUUUACUCAUGUAUUUUUACAUGGCCAAGUGUAAGCAAUGAAUGGGCAUCAAUGAUAUUCGAUCAUAUAUUAAGUAUAUGUAUUGUUAAUUAUAAAUUUAAUUUGUCGUAUACAUUUUUUGUUUUAUCGUUUACUUGUAUCAUACCGUAUAUUCUCUUAAUAAUAUCACAUAAUCGACAAAUGAAAUCCAUAGACCGUCGAAUAUCGAAAUACUUCGCAACAUUUAAAAUUGAACAGCAUACACAAAGAUUAAAUAUAAUACAGCGAAAAAAAUUAUUUCAAUAUGCUUCAUACAUUAUUCUUAUUUGGUCAUUGAUUAAUAUUAUACUUUUAAUAUUCAUACAUGUACCAAUAGAACAUGUUCGUUCAAUAAAAUCUAUUAUCUAUUAUAUACAAAUGUGCGUUUUUCUUAUUGAUCCCAUUAUAUAUAUGUUUAUUUUUCGUGCUUUGUCAAUAAUUACUCUAUUACGACCAACUGGUCAAUUUGAUAUUUGA